CUGAACAGAGACCGAGCAUCACUGCAGGGAACAGACUCUACCUCACCACAGUGUCUUUGACAGAAAACAGCAGCAGCAAGAUGACUCUGGCAGCAUACAGAGAGAAGAUGCGAGAGCUCCCUCUGGUGUCUCUCUUCUGCUCCUGCAUCCUUCCCCAAACAAGAGACACCGUGGCUGACGACAAGAAGGAAGCAGGUGUGGUGGACUUGAACCUGUGCAACAUCAGGGACAUGGAGGUGAUUGAGCUGAGCAAGCGGGCAAGCGGCCAAGCCUUUGAGGUCAUCCUGAAGCCUCCCACCUUUGAUGGUGGCCCCGAGCUGAGGGCUACCACACCGCCUCGCCAGAAACCUUCACUGGAGGAGAUCCAGAAGAAACUGGAUGCUGCCCAGGAAAGGAGGAAGUGUCAGGAGGCGGAGCUGCUGAAGCACCUGGCUGAGAGGAGGGAGCAUGAGCGUGAAGUCGCUCAGAAAGCUCUGACCAAAGAGCGUCAGGGGCACCGCGCCGAUGCUGACAAGGAGCUGCGGCAGAUGCACCUCAACUCCUCGCAGGAGCGACUGCAGGAGGAGGACAAGCACAGCGUGGAGGUGUCUUGAUGGCCUGAUCACAACACAAGCUGAAUUUUAUUUGGGAGCCAUUUUGAAGGGCUGAUGAGCUGAGGAUUGAUGUGCCGGCAACCUGGCACUGCUCCCGCUGGGAGACUAAUAGGAUGGGACUCUGAAAAGAGUGAGAGAAGAAGAAAUAGAGGAGGAGGCGGACUGAGGGAGGGUCCAACUGCUUGACCUCCUCUGUACAACCAGGACUCUUCCUAAUGAGAUAAACUCUUUAUAACGAGCUCUGAAGGACACUGCAUAUUCAGUCAUCAUUAGAUGGUUCACAGGGGUUUUGCUGUGCUUUGUUGCCAUGCCAACAGUGCCAAUGUCUUCGUGUGUGUGUGUGUGUGUGUGUGUGUGUGUGUGACUAUGUAUCAAGGAUUCAAAGUGUUCUGUAAAGAGUGAAAAGUUGUACCCAACAAACCAACCAAGCCAAACCAAAUCUGAAAUAGGCCUGACAGAAAUCGGACCUGAACCCAAAGGAAAUGUAAGAGAAAAGGAACCGAGUCCAGAAAACAGCCAACUGGACUGUGGGAGUGGCACUGGGUGUCUUCUGCUUCUACAUCAAAAUGACUCGUCACAAAAAGACACAGAUUGGACCGCCUCUACCUGCCAAGACGGCUGAUGAUGUGGGAGUCUCCGGAACCUGGAUUUACAACUAAUCGGGGUUGAAUAGCUCCAUCUGCUGGACAGUUUAGAUCUUUGCGUUUACUGUAAAGCAAAGACUACAAGAAAGGUUUUAUCAGUUACACGUGGCUCUUUAGUGACACUCUGAGGCGGAUGUAGGAAAGUAGAACAAGUCAAGACCGUGUCCCAGGCAGAUCAACAACUAAUUAUAUCCAAUACAAGGCAAAAAGAAGUCAACUGCACUUUGAGAUCAAAGACUGUUGAAGGUGAUAUCAGUGUCUGAGACUGAGUCCAAAGCUUAAAAACGACAAGACAGAGACUAGUCAGAGCUUCCAGGAGACCACAAACAGGUCCAGAUGAAACCCCCACCAAACCAAAGGUCAAAAGAUUCACUGAGACACGCCAGAGCAUCCACUAGAGCCUGACAAGUUUGACUGAAAACACCCACGAAACUGAAACAAGUCAGAGUUAAUACACUCAAGACGGUGCGGAAAGUCUGAGUCAAAACAUCCAUGACACUGAGACAAGGGCCACUUAAAACAUAGAUGAUAGAGAAACAGGUUAAAAUGAAAGCACGCAAAAGACUGCAACAAGUCCUAGUCAAAACACACAUGAGAUCAAGACAGGUAAUGAAAAGACCUCAGUGUACUAAAUUUAGCAUGCUAGCAUUUAUGCUACCAUUUUAAGCAACAUUUAUGCAAUUUCUUUUAGUGUAAAUUUGGAUGAGAAGACUAUUGGCACAGUGAUAGUUCUGCUGAAUGUUUGUAUGAUGUUAGCAAACAAGAUUACAUAGAUAGCUAUGUAGCGGCUAUAUAAUGGCUAACAUUAGAUAUAUCACAGGAGACUUCCUCCUGUCCAACAUUCAUUAUAUCAUUAAACCAACCCCUUGCUGAUAUGAAUGAAUAAAUUUUUCUGGUGAAUAACUGAUAAUCAAUUGUGUACAGUGUUUACAGCUGCGGUGGUGUGUUUGUUUAUAUGUGUGUCAGUCCAUUUCCCUGGCAAUGUCAAUGUAAAGGAGUCGGGAUGAGAUGAUGAUGAUGAUGAUGAUGAUGAUAAUGACGAUGACGAUGACGAUGAC